CUGUAAGCCGCCCUGAUGGAUGGAUGGAUGGAUCAUUCGGUCUUCUUGGCCAGCCCCUCGGCUCGCCUUGCCCUGACCGUCUUGCUGUGCGAUAAGACCUGGUUGCCCACAACCACCGCCACAAACGCUGCACUCACACACACAUACACAUUCACAAACACACCACAGAGAAAGUGUGUUGUGUGUGGCGUGUAUGUUGGUUGGAUUGGGUGUGUGGCUGUCUGUCUGUCUGUCUGUCUCACUGACUGAGGGGCACAAGUAUCUUGACAAACGUGACGAUCGAUUUCGUCAGCCAAAACCAAAACAGCAGACCCGCCUCAGACACCAACAACACCUGAUGUGAUGUGCAUGGCAUGGGAUGCAUGGGGCGCAUCAAUCACAUCGAUGAACACACAGAGCGAGAGGCAUACCAUGCGCACCCCCACUGGCCCACUGACAAGAAAUACCCACCCCCCCCCCCACCUGGAAGAGCACUGCGUAGAUGAAGUGUGUCGACUCGGUGGUCGGUUUUGGGAAGCAGGCCAUGUUGGCGGGCACCCUGCCCCACGCCCACACCAGACCACCGACGGGCACCAACGUGCACAAAACCAACGCCACCAACGGGAUCUGAACACACACACACACACACAGACACAGACGCAGAUAUGUACGUCGGCAGGUGUGUGUGUGUAUGUGUGUGUGUGGUCUGUGUGUACCAGGGGGUUGGGUGAGGGUGGUGGUGGGUUGAAUUGAUGGUGGAUGAGGGGACGGGCACGCCAUGGCAGCUCGCUCUUCAACACAAUCUCCUACACACACACACACACACACACAGAGAGAGAGAGAGAGAGACACACAGAGAGAUGCAGUGUGUGGGGUAGCCAACUAACCUCUGUGCCGUCAGGUUUGGGCACUGUGGCGGUCUUGAGCGGCGCAGAGAACUUAAAACGAACGCCCCCAAGACGCCUGACAUUCACGGAAUGAUCCCACACAUACUGGCCCGUCCGUCCAUUUGGUGUGCACCCGCACCCCACCCCUAACUGACACACCAGUUGAUGGACUCGUAGAGAUUGGCAUCGCCUGCACGGCCGAGACGGAGGGAUUAGAUAGGGGGGGAGAGGAGAGGAGAGGGGAGGACAACAAAGAGAGAGAGAGAGAGGCCCCCAUGCCAUGAGUGUGGCCGUCUCUCUGUGUGUGUGCCUCACUCACUGACCGAUGAGCAUCUUGACAUAGUAGACGCCAUCCACAGCAGGCACCGGCCUCUGAUGUUGGUUGACACACCAUGCCAUCCGCCCCCCUGUGUGCGUCGCAUCGUGUGACCAUACCUUAUCGCCGUUGAGGUCGACAGUGAGUGUGAACCGCCCCGCCGCCCCCUUGUCCAUCAUCUGCUGACGGGGGCGGUAUAUCGGCAACGGAGUGUCUGCAGGGAGGGAAGGGACCAAUGGCGGCCGAGGACACAUGCCACAUGCCACACGCACAACUCGGUCUGUGUGUGCCUCUCUCUCUCUGGCUCUGGCUCUUGCUCUGUAUUCUCUCACCCUUUUGGUCUGGCUUGUUCAGCUCGAAGAGCAGCGCCACCUGAUGGGGCGUCAGGGGCUCGCCUGUCAAUGCGUCCUCCAGCUGCGCACACCGCACGCACACGCCGACAGACAGCUGAGUGAAUGGUUAGUGUGUUUGUGUCGUGUCUGUCUGUCUGGGUUGGGUGUGGUGUGCUGACUCACUCACCGCAGCGGUGAAGGUGAGUGUCUGUGUGUCGUCGAUGGCCACGAUGGGCGUCAGGCUGUCCAGAGGGCUUGCAGGCAGCUCGCUCGUGCCCUUGCCGCCUUUGGCCUUGCUGGGAGCCUUGUACUCAUACCUAAUCCAUCCAUCCAUCCAUCCCAUUCACAGCACAACACCGUCCACGAGGCUGCCUGCCAUCUAUAUGCUGUCUGUCGUGUGUGUGGGCGUACAGCGCUGCUUUGGAAGCUGAGGAGGUGACGGUGAGCUUGCUGACGCGGACAUUGGCGCGGGCAGACAGACUCCGCACCAAAGUGUACUCGGUCGACCCCUGCACACCACACCAAGCACACACACACACCGACAUUCAGCCACAGACACAGCCACAGACACAGACACGUUUCGCUUCUCUCGCGUGUGUCGAUCUAUCUGUGUCUGUCUGACGGUGUCUGUCUGACCUUGUCGAGUGUGGGUACGGUGAUGCCGAACUUGACGGCGGGGUUUUUGCCGAUGAUCUCUGACGCCUUCUUGCCCUCGGCCGUCGGCACAGCCCCCUCAUACACACAGCUGCCCGUGCGCUCAAGCGACUGCAACCGUCACGUGACUGACGAUGUUUCGGUUGGUUCGGUUUGUUUGUUGCCGUCUGUCUGUCUGUCUGUCUGUGUGUCUGUCUUACAAUGGGCUGUUGCUGUGUGAUGGGGGCGGGCAGCAUGCGCACCGAGAUGCCGCCCACCUCGGCCCCCAGCAAUCCACACACUGACAGCUGCACACCACACACCGAUACGAUAUGGACAUUCCUAAUUUGAUUCACACACGCCUUGCCUUGCUCCACCCUCCCAGCUCCCUCCCUGUUAGUAUGUCACUGGCUGACCUUGAUGUGUAUGGUGUCGUCCUUGAUGUCUUGGGCAUGUGGCGGUGCGAACGACACCCCAGUGACCGUCUGCGUGUUGGCCGCCGCCUUCAGUGCCAUGUAGGCGUGCCCGAUGUCCGCUGACACGCGUGUGCCCCGGAGGAAGGCCACCAGGUAGUCCUGAAGAUGAGAUGCGCACGGCCCUCAACUCUCCCGGCUACGGGGGAUGUGUGGAUGCAUGUGUGUGUGCGUGUGAGAGGUGGUUGUGUGUCACGCCUCUCCGCCCACCAGGUCUUCGAUGAUGGCGGGAGGUAUGGGGCCAGAGAUGUGCAUCUCAGGCGCCAGCCUGACCACACACACACACGAAAAAGGAGGACCAAUGGGGCGUUGCUGGUGCCUGGGGGCCCGGCCUCACUUGAAGAACGCCUCGACGAGGAGAGCGGCCACCUUGAUGUCGCUCAUCCGCUUGUCAGCAGAGAAGGGCGAGGGGGCCGGCUGACACACACACAACACAUAUACACACACACAUACACACACAUACCGGCUCAGACAGACACAGGUGCAACAACGAACUGUGUGCACUGCACUGCUGUGUGUGGCUGGCUCACGGCGGCGCUGGGGUCUUCCGCCUGUAGUGCCUUGGAGAGCACACUGGGGAGGUUCUUCAGCGACACACCGAUGGACUCCCUGAAUGGAAUGGGGCAGCAGCAGAGGGAGGAAGAUGGGCAUACAUACAUAGACACCCACAGCAGUUGAAGCAUAUAUGAUAUGUGUUGUGUUGUGUUGUGUUGUGUCGUGCUGCGCCGCACCUGUCAACGACGGGGAAGAUGUUGGCGAGGAUGGAGAAGCCCACAGCAGCCGACUCCUUGCCCGUCUGCGUCAGUCAGUCAGGGGAGACAAGGAAGGACAGGCUCGUUCAUUCGUUCGUAUGAACAACAACGAAGCGUGUCGUGUCGUGGCAUGCCAGCAUACACACUUACAUGCUCGUACAGCAGGUCCACCGUCAGGUCCCACACCGUCUUCCACUCUAUCUCGCCCUUCCUCUACACACACACACACAUCCACACCAUCACCACACCAUCACCACACCACACCACACCACACCACACCACCACAUCACAUCACAUCACAUCACCACCCCGUCGGUGGCUGGCACCCCUCCCUAAACCAACACCCUCACUCACUCACCCCCGCGAUGGCCAGUGGCGUGGCAGCGUAGAACAGCUCCGCUAGUGCCGACACGGGCAGCGGCCCCUCCUUCUGCUGGCCCACCACCUUGAGCACGGCGUUCUCGAGCACCUUGAUGACGGUCUUCUUGGGCUUCUUGCUGCACCCCGACAGGUGAGCCGCUCCGAUAGACAGAUACAGGGCCUCGGACGAGGGGUCCGCGCCCUGCUGCGCUUGCAGGUAAUCACAGAUCUGCUCGACAGACAGACAGACAGACAGAAGGAGAGACAGAAGGAGAGAGGCCGAUGAUGGAUCGCUGGCUGGCUAAACACGCUCAUGCGUAGACGCGGUGUGUGUGUGUGUGUGUUGUGCUGUGCACCUCUGUGCUGUCCUUCACGACCGCUGCGUACGAGUAGGCGUGACUGAUGUUAUCUGAAUGAAGCGGGGACCGACCAGACAGUCACACAGGCAGACGAGAUGCGUGCUGCCUGUGUGUCUGCGUCACGGCCUGCCUGGCCGCCUUGCUCACCGAAUGCAUUGUCGCUUCUCUUUGUCUCCUUGAGUGCCGCCGUGAGACGCUCCACAUCGCCCUUGGUCAAGUAUGAAGCAACUUGGCCCGACGCGCAGCAGGUCCAGCAAAGCCAGAUUGUCAACACGCAGAUCACCACGAGCGGCCUCCAGUCAGAGCAUCGCCUCCGGCUGCUGCUGCUAGUGCUGCUGCUGCUGGUGCUGCAGGUGGUCACAGCUGCUGCCGCAGCCGUCAUCUUGACUGAUCUCUGCAGGCGGGUCACAGAUCAGAUCUGUUUCCGGCUGCAGGCAGUGUAGCUGAGCAGCUAUGAGCGUCCUUGCAUCGGGGAGAAAGGGGAGAAGGGGAGUGGCCGG